CUCACGGGGCAAUCACUUACCUCUACUCUCUUUACCCUCGUCUGGUUAUUGUUUUGACUUCUCUCUGAAAAUAACAAUGAACGGGACGCCAAGCAGAGGAGGAGAAGAGGGAGCCCAGAAGGUGGCCGGAGACUACGAAAAGAGGGGAGUCCGGGGAUGGGAGCUGGCCCUGAGGGCAGUCGCGUUUGGCCUCACGCUGGCGGCUGUGGUGGUUCUCGGGACCGACAAGCAGACCACCACCGUCCCCCUUCAGGUCUCCCCGAGCUUGCCGCCGCUCAUCGUUCCGGUGUCCGCUAAGUGGCAUUACCUGUCCGCCUUCGUGUACUUCGUGGUGGCGAAUGCGGUAGCCUGUGGCUACGCGGCCCUCUCUCUGCUUCUGCUCUUCCUCAUCAGCCGUGGAGGCAAGACCGCGGCCUUUGCCGUGAUCACAAUCAUUGACAUCAUGAUGGUGGCGCUGCUCUUCUCAAGCAACGGGGCCACCACAGCUGUUGGGAUUCUCGGCCGCGAGGGCAAUUCGCACGUGCAGUGGAACAAGGUGUGCAACGUCUUCGAUAAGUUCUGCGACCGGGUGGCCGUUGCCGUGGUCCUCUCCCUCGUCGGGUCGCUCGGGUUUGUUAUCUUAGCCUCUUUCGCAAUUAUGGGCCUGCAUAGGAGGUCCAAUUAGGGGCUGUAUUUGGGCUGAAUGAGCCGAUAUUGAUGUAAAAAGUUUAAAAAGCAUAGUUCGAGUGGCAAUUGGGAUGUGUUACAUGCGUUUGAUUGUGCACAAAAAUUAGGAUUCCUAUGGUUUGCCGUUUCCUUCAUCUGCAUUGGUUCUUUCCCACAAAAUUUGUCGAGAUAAAUCGGGUAAUGGUCUCCGGUGGUGUAUUGUUUGCAUCUGUAAGCGUUCUAGUUUCAUAAAAUGCAUGGUUUUCUAUAUCACGUAAUUAGAAGGGGGACUUAAAAUUAAA